AUGAGAGAAUCAAACCAUCACAUUUUACUUAUCCUUGAUGGUGCCCCCUCAUAUGUUACCAGUUCCCUCAACUUAACUAAUGUAAAAGUACUUAUGUUACCUCCACAUGCAACAUCAAAAAUUCAACCCAUGGACGCCAGUAUCAUCGCAUCAUUCAAACUUCAUUAUCGUCACUUACAACUUCAACAUGCAAUUGAUCGUGACGAAGCUGAGGAGAAAGACAUAUAUAAAGUCGAUCAAUUGCAG